AUGACAUUUGAAAUCAAUUGGGGUAUCGUCGGAUUGGGAUCCAUAGCUACCAAAUGGGCCAAGGAGCUUUUAACACCAAAUGAAGAACGUCCAACUGACAUUAAACAUAAUUUAUUAGCCGUUAGUUCUUCAUCAAAUGACAAAGGUGAAAAAUUUGUCAACUCUUUGAAAGAAGAUACCAAAACGGAAGAUUUGAACACACAAGUCUAUACUGACUAUGAAGAAUUCCUAAAUAAUUCUCAAAUCGACAUUGUCUACAUUGCAUCACCAAACACUGCUCACUACAAGCAAGCUUUAGCAGCAUUAAAAGCCAACAAGAAUGUCUUGGUGGAGAAGACUGCAUGUAUGACUGCUGAACAAGCUGAAGUUUUAUACAAAUUAGCCAAAGAAAAGAAUUUGUACAUUGUUGAAGGUGUAUGGACUAGAUUUUUCCCAACAACUCUUGACAUUAUUAAAUUAGUUAAAGAUGAUAAAAUAUUGGGUGGCUUGAAAAGAGUUAGUGCUGAUUUAUCUCAUGAUUUCCCAUUCAAUCCGGCUGAUAGAAUUUUUGAUCCAAAAGCUGGAGGUGGUGCUCUGAUGGAUUCAUUGAUCUACUCUUUAACUUGGUCUUUUGCUCUAUUGGAAGGUAAACCUUUAGCUGACUCAAUUGUCAGUACAGUGACAAAAUUGAAGCAGGAAGGUUUUGAAAACAUUGAUGAAACCACAGUCAUCUCACUAGUCUUCCCAGAUCAAAAUGCAGUAGGUGUUGCAUCUGGAUCAUUAAGUAUCGAAUCUCCAAAUGAAGUAUUGAUUGAAGGUGAAAAUGGUUAUAUUAGAGUAUUGGAUAGAACUUCAAAACCAACAAUUUAUACUGUUAAAUUGAAAGAACAACAAAAUAAAACUGUUUUGAAAAGUGUUAAUGGUACAGGUCUUUUCUAUGAAAUAGACUCUGUUGGAUAUGACUUGAAAAAUAAAAAGAUAACUAGUGAUAUAUACCCAUUUGAUCAAACUAUUGAAAUUUUAAAGAUCUUCGAUAAGGUUAGAAAAGACCAUGAUAUUACCUUCCCAGAAAAGCUUUUACAAAUUUGA